GACCAUAGAUAACCUACAGAUGGUUUACAGCUUCUUUCUAUGAAUGUUAAUAUGGCGAGCUGUGGCUGUUUGGUUUGGUCUGACAGUUGGGAUGCAAGGAGACGAUCCUCCUUACCUAUCAGUUGGCACUGCAGUAAGUGCUAAGUAUAAGGGAGCAUUUUGUGAAGCCAAAGUCAGCAAAGUUGUUCGACUUGUCAAAUGUAAAGUGACUUAUAAAAUGGGCUUGGGUACAGCAACAGUCAGUGAUGAAUUUAUCAAAGGUCCAUUAAGAAUUGGACAACCUGUUCAAGCCAAACAUCCUGAUAAAAAAGACUUUGUUGAUGCUACAAUAACUAAAAUACAAGAUUGCAGUCAAUAUACCGUAGUUUUUGAUGAUGGAGAUAUAACAACAUUAAGGCGCACAGCUUUAUGUCUUAAAAGUGGCAGACACUUCAACGAAAGUGAAACACUGGAUCAGCUGCCGUUAACUCAUCCUGAACACUUUGGAAACCCUGUUGUGGGUGGAAGAAGAGGAAGGAGGUGUAGACAGAUAAAGGAAGAUAGCAGUGAAGGAGAAAUUGAAGAAGAAAAUGAGCCUGAUCUCGAAAUUUACAGUGGCGACAUCGGACGUGUUGUUUGCAUUGAAACUAGUGACAAAAAACGUACAAAAGACAACUGGUUUCCUGGCUUAGUUGUCAUUCCUUCUGCACAGCCAACUGUACGAAUAAAUGCAAAGGAUGAAUUUCUUGUCAGAUCUUUUAAAGAUGGAAGAUAUUAUACUGUACCAAAAAAGGAAGUCACCGAAUUUACAAGAGAAAUGGGAAGUAAAGUCGAAAGUUCUGUGUUGGCAGAAGCAGUGGAAAAAGUACUACGUUAUUUAGAUAAUGAUGAACUUCCAACCCAUUGGGAAAGAAGUUUGCUUUUCAAUAUACAAUCACCGACGUCCGAAUCGGACGAAAAUUAUUCGGAGAGUUCUGAUGACGAAACCUGCGAAGAAAAAGACCAUUUCGUUGCUCAGCUCAUCAAGUUUAUGGACGACAGCAACACUCCAUUAAACAAGAGCCCUAUGAUAAGUAACAAAGAUGUUGAUUUGCAUCGUCUCUUUCGUAUUGUCGAAAAGUUGGGUGGUUACAACCGCGUCACUAACAAGAAUAAAUGGCGUUCCGUUACUUUACGCAUGAAAUUACCCAACACACAUGUUACUUAUAACCAAGUUAAACAAGUGUACAAGAAAUGCCUUUUUAGUUAUGAAUCAUUUUAUCGCACUUUGGGAGUGACCAUGUUAAAUCAUUCACGAUCGACAAAGAAAAGCAAGGGACGAAGUUUAAUAAGAGAUAAAGAUCGUACUACUCCUGUAAACAGUCCCAAACCAGAAAAGGAAGAUGAACUAGUAGUAGAAAAAAGGGAAGAGGAAAAACCUGAAGAGAAACUGAAGGUGGCGAAACGAUUCGAUUUUAAACCUAAAGAGGAAGAAAAAAAGAAAAAAGAUGUGGUGGAGAUAAGUGACACAAACAGUAGUGAUGCUACAGAUCAGUCAGAAGCUGCAUCUUCAUCAUCGGUUGUUAGGUCAAGGAGACUGAAGCUUAAAUUGAGUAAAGAACAUAAACCAAAAACUACAUACAACGACACGCAAGUAAAAGUUAUGGUGGAAAAAUUCGAAGAGACAGCCAAAAAAGUCGAGAAAGAAGAAGAAAAGGUACUGUCACAACAAACCCGUUCUAAAAUACAACUAUCAAACAAAAUUAAAGAUGUUCCCCUUCCUGACAAAAAAGUUCGGGAAACCAAAACACCUGUUAGAGAAGGUCCUUCUAAAACUGUCAAACCAUUGAAAAAACCAACGGAAGAUGACAAAAAACGUGGUCGAAAGAAGACUAUAUCCGACGAAAAACCGCCUGACAGCAAUGUUGCUGAAGUGCCAAAUACGCAAAAUACCGUCACGAUUGGAGACAAAUUAAAAGUAUACUACGGGCCUACUCACGAAUCUAAAGUAACUUAUGAAGCUAAAGUAAUAGAAAUAGAUAAAGAUACUGUGGGGCCUAUUUAUUUAGUUCAUUACACUGGCUGGAAUACGAGAUACGACGAAUGGAUCACUCACAAUAGGAUUGCAGAAAAUUUGAGUGCAAAUACUAAGGCAAAGAAGUUAAAGCAACAAGCAGCAUCUCCUCCUUCAAAAACAACAACAAUUGCACCUAUCACUAAACAACCAGGUAAGCGAGGAAGGGGUAUGUCUAUAACUGGUCGAAGUACUGUACAAGAAGGUUCACGUUCUUCAACACCGUCUAUUAUUCCUUCAACAUCCACCAGGACGAAAAGCCCUGCUACUCCGGCUACAACAAGAACUUACAGAUCAAAACGUCAAGCCGAGUUAAAUCGUCGUACUAGGUUUACAUCGACUCAGGUUGAAACAUUGAACAAUUCUGAAUCCGAAUCUGAAUCAGAACUAGAAUUCGAAAGUCCAGAGAAUAGAUUAGACAAUAAAGGCGAACAAGCAAAUGAAAUUAAGACGUAUAGAAGAAAAUUAGUAAGAACGGCGAUGGCAAAAGUCGAUAAAAGAAAGGAAAAAGAUGAUGAAGACACAGAAAAAGAAGAGGACGAUAAAACCAAACGUCUAAAGAGAAUUAAGAAAAAUCUGGACGAAAAGUCCAUUGAAAGUGAUGAUGACAGUAGUAAUCCUCCAAAAGGACGAGACUUUGAUCUUAAUCAAAUACGUUCUGAAUUAAAAGGUUUCGUAAAAGCAGUGAAAAUUCCUACUCCAGAUUUAGCCGAUAAAGACAGUGCUUCAUCUGACGAAUCCAUGAGCACCACGAACGAUGCCAAAGCAGGUGCUGAGGAAAUGUACGAAAAUGAAAAGCCGGACGAUAAAACGUCCGAAAAAGCAGUCAAUUCUGAUGAUAUUUAUGAAUUUAAAGAACCAGAACCAUUCGAAUUUGAAACUAGAACAAAAACAGUGGAUGAUAAAACAAAGAAACGACUUGUGCCUCGUAUUUUGGACGAUAUGGAUAAGUCCCCAAAAAAGAAAGGAGGAAGAUCACCUCUUAGUAAGCAAGAUGAUAUUGCAGAAAACGAUAUUAAAAGAUUCCGUAGAACACCACUAAAAAAAUCUCCUGUAUCCUGCGAGGAAGAUAAUAAACCAAUCGUCGAAGAUCCCUUCGAUAAACUAAUUGAAUCGCCGUCGUUUCAUAGUGGAAAAGAAAAAGUGCCUGAUAACAGAGCUACAGUUACAAGGGUCCUCAAUUUAGAUGAGCCUCCUCUUAGUUUAUUCCGAGAACUUCCGGAAACAACUGAGGACGACAGUAGGGAUAUUUUGGACUUGUCAGACACUGAAGAAUGCCAAAACCAGCCCUUAUUUACUCGAAAUGAACAAUUAUUUUCUGAAUCCAACUUCUCGAAAGCAUCUGACCAUAAUACUUUAGAUGAUAACAAACAAAAAGAUAGUGAUGACGAUGAAGCCAUCAGGGCUUCAAUUCAGAACGUAAUCGAACAAAGUUCACUAGCAGAGUACGAUAGCGGGGAUGAAUUGGUGAUAACUCAGCCUACAUUAAGUUACCAAGUCAAGAAAAAAGAUAAUGAUAGAAAAUAUAUUCCAACUGUAGCAGAAGCAAUCGAAAGAAAACACCAAGAAGAUAAGCAAGUUGCUACUACAUCCAAGCAGAUUUCGCCGGCUCUUAAAGAGAGCAACCCUACUCUUGUGGAAGCAGUUUGCACUCCACCAGAAAUACUAAUUAAACCAGAGAUCAAAGAAAUUCUUGUUAAACCCAGCCCAAAAAUAGCUGACUCAAUUCUCCAUAAGUUUAAUAUGAUGAAAACUAAAGUAGAAACUAAAAUAAUGGAACCAGAAGUUAAAAAGGAAAUCGACGAUAGUGUAAAACCAAUAUUACCAGCUGCCGAUAUUAAAGCUAUCGAUACAGAAGCUGAGAUUGCUUCUUUAACAAAAGAUACAAAACUUUUAUCAGUUGACGUCAAGACUGAAACCCUCGAAAUGAAACCUAAAUUAUCCGAAACUAAGUUGCCCAGUCCGCCUGAGAAUAAAUUUAAACCCAUUGAAUCUAAAAUUAAAACACCAGAACCCCAACCAAAAUCUGUUGAGCAAAAAAUAAAAAUUAAUGAAAAUAAACCGAAAAUUGAAGUUAAAAGCCCAGAACCUAAUCCCAAAUUAAUAGAAUCUCCUAAAACACCUCCUGAGACCAAAUUUAAAGUUGAACCUAAACUUGAGCUGUUACUAGAAAAGUCUGAAGUAAAACCGGAACUUAUAAAACCCAAAUGUCAAGACACUUCUCCGGGCACUUCCGAAUCGUCUCGAACAAAAUCUAACUCACCCCAAAAUGAUACAGUUUCAGAGCUAAAGAAGAGGUCAGCUCGCAAAAUCAUCAGUAAAGAAUUUAUAGACGAUUCUGACACCGACAGUAGCGAUUCAGAAAAGAAAUUAGUAAUUGCAAGAUCUGACAAUGACUCACCUACCACAGACACUGAAACGAAAAUGGACGUAAAGGAUGAAGAGACGUCGAAAACAGAGGCUUCAGAACAAACUGAUGAUAAUUCUCAAUCACAAGAACCACCUAAGGAAACAAGCAAUACUUCUGAAAAUAAGCCUACUACUAGUACAGAAAGUGAGCCUAAAACCGAAAAUAAAGUUGAGCCUGCCGAUGAUAAAGAAGAAGAAACAGAUUCGCAUCUUCAUUCGUUGUUGUUGUGCGAGGAAACUAUACCCGGCAGUCCAACACCGCCUUCGGAUGACUCGGAAAACGUCGUCAAACAACAGAGCAAAUCCGUUCUCGAAAUGCCGUUCGCCAGUGCUCCCGGAAGCAGCAAUAACACCAGUAAAUUGCCUUUACAUAGCGAAACCAAGAGUCCAAAAGACAGACAUCAACAACAAUCUGUUUCACUUCCAAUUGAAAGCAGAAACACAUCUUCUACAGUCUUAGAUAACACUCCACCUACAACGCCGGAAANACAGCUUUUAUUUCCAGAUACUUUAAUGAACGCCGAAAAUUCAUCUUUAGGCAAACGAAUUCGUGACGAUUCAACAACACCGGCCCCUUGCAAGAAGCGACGACGUUCAUGCAAGGGCACAGACGAAAUAGUACCCGUUAAACGUGGUCGAAAACCGACUAACAGAUCACGACAUAAUACGAACAACACGAAUAGCGAUAGCGAUGACAUGUCGGAGAAUUCCAUGUCGAGCAACAUAGCAAUCGGAGCAAAUAUUGACACCCGGCCAACGAGAUCACCCCGGCCCUCUAAAUAUAAUUUUUUCGUAGAAUUAGAUCCUUCUUGGGAUAGUUCACAGCGAAUAGCGUUAUUACAACAAAAAUUACAAGAGUUACGAAAAACAUACGCAAAUGUAAAGACUGAAUUAGCAACUAUUGAAAGAAGACGAAAGAAAAUACGUAGAAGGGAACGUGAAGCUAAACUGGCAGCUAAACUUCAAGAAUCGAUAGCUACAUGAUCAAAAUUUGCCAUUUUAAGAUAAUAAUGCAUACCACAAGUUCGCAAUGUUUCUAGACACGUCUAAAUAUUAUUAAGUUGUACAAAUUUUAUAAUAAUGAAUUAGUGCUCAGGGCCCGAUAUUCAUAUUCACUCGAGAUUUAUUUUUUGUUUGCGAAGAAACUGAAAAGAAAAGUAAUAUUUUAUUGAUCUCUUACCUUGUCUAAUUUAAAAGAAAAUAUUGAUCGUGCAGAGCAACUAAGACUUUUUAACGAUACGUUCAAUUAUAUAUAAAUCAACUAAUCAAGAGAAUUGUAAUAAAAAUACUCAAAAUACGGAUGAACAAUUAGAGAAACGAAAAUGUUGUAAUGACUUCGAAAAAUUAAAUUAAAUUAAUUGCUGUUUAUUUAAGAACAGGAAAGCUUUAAUUUUGCCUUUUUCUCCUAUCAUUUAUUUGUUGUAAAUAAAGAUUGAUAAUGAUAUGGAUUAAUAAUUAAGAUCUUUUGUAUAAUGUGUAUUUAUUUCUAAGCAUCCCAUAUAUUUUUAUACAUAUAUUUGGUUGUAUGUAUCUGAAUAUGAAUGUUAGGUCUUGAAUAAAAUUAAUAUAGGUAAAAAUGUGUAAAUAUCUAUCAAUCUGUAACAUACAGGGAGAUGUUAUGAAAAAAAUAUUACUUUUAUUUUACAAGACUGAGGAUAACUUCAUAUAAAAAAUAUACAGAAAAAAUAAAUAAGUCUUUGGUCAGUAAAAGUUUGUGUUGUCCUAUUGUGUUUGUUUUCUGUUUUUUUUAAAGUAACCAGAAAUUGUUUACUGACUCCUGUAUAUUACAGAAACGGUGUAUAUAUAUACAGAUUAUAUAUUAAGGAAUUAUAGU